GCAAAGAAUGCCAUGACCUCUGCUGGGGAGACGUACAAUUAUGUAUCGACGAGGUGACGGGGGAAGAAUUUUUUAAUGUAUGACAAAGAGAGACAAACAAAAACAAGAUCAGGUUGUAACCCUCGAGAUACAAGAUGUACCGAGAUAAAAGACCAGAGAGCAUGUGUUCGGAUGAAAGUCCUUUCUUUCUGACACCAGACGGAGGCACUCAGAAGAGCUGGUAUAGAAAAGCACCGAUUGGGAUCAACAAACUAUAUAACAUCAUGAAUGAUAUGAAAUCAGACGCCAACAUAACAAAUUCAAGAAUUACCCCAUAUAGUUCAAGGAAGAGACUGAUACAAAAACUCCAAGACGAGGGAGUUCCAGCAAACCAAAUAGUACAGAUAUCUGGGCACAAGAAUAUCAACUCAAUUAACAACUACAGCAAAAUUAACAAUGAUCAAUCAAAGAACAUUUCUGACAUAUUAUCAAAUAAAAUCAGUAACACUCACUCAGAUCUCCAAGUUCGAAGUUCAACUCCAAAGUUUGCAUCCAUGACCAUGUCAGAUUGUGUUCGUGCAGGCGACAAUAAUGGAAAGCCUCCACAGGGUUUAUUUGCAUACAGUCAUUUCAACGGCAAUGUAACUUUUAAUUUCAACAGCUCAAUUUCUGAAAGCCUAUCCCAAAUGUCAGCCGUAACACCAGCUCCGCCUCUGGAUCUGCAGUCGUUGAUCCAUGUUCGCCGAUAAUUAGGCCAUACAAACGUAUCAGGAUGCUACCUGACAGUGACACUGAUUCUAAUUAAUAUGAAUUAGGCAAAUAAUAUACCUGUUAUGUUGUUCAUUCACUAGUUUGAUUUAAAUCCUUGUUUUGUUUAUAAUUCCCACAGACGUUACGAAUAUAAAAAAAAUGGCGGAUUGAACUGAACUGACUUCGAUUCACGCGCAGUAAUUCAAUAGCUUUAUCAGCCUAAAACUGUUGUUUACUCUGAAUAAAUUUACAAAACGAUUUCUUUUUUCUGUUUGACAUAAAUAAUAAAUGAAUAAAACCCUG